AUGUACCAACAGCCCCAUCCCGGUCAGCCGCAGUACCCCGGCCAGCAGCAGCAGUACCCCGGCCAGCCCCAGCAGCAGUACGGCGCGCAACCCGGCUACCCGCCGCAGCAGCCUGGUUACCCGCCGCAACAACCCGGCUACCCGCCGCAGCAGCCGGGGUACCCGCCGCAGCAGCCGUACGGUGCGCAGCCCGGAUACCCGCCGCAGCAAUAUGCGCCUCAGUACGCGCCGCAGCAGUACCCGCCGCAGCAGCAGUACUACGCGAACCAAGGCCGCCAGCUCUUCCAGACGGCGACCGCGCCCCAAGGCAUGUACCAGCAGCCCGCGCAGCCCAUGUAUGUGGCGCAGCCGGGCGUCAUGUACGGCGGCCACAAGGUGAAGCACUACAAGGCUUCUUUGGCGGCCGCCGCCACAAGGGCUUAAGUUUUUCUAGGCGCUUUCCUUUCUUAAUCCUCAAAUGUUGGUGUGACGCAUGCAAA